AUGAAUUAAUAGAUAUCAUAGGAAUAUUUCAUUUAGAAAUUUUCAUCUUUACAUUUGAGUGAGAGUAAGAAUGAAUUUAAGCCUAGCUGAUGAUGAUACCUCAAGAAGUGAAAGUCCUGUUUUGGAUUCCAGAUUAAUGGAGUUUGUGAGUGGAUUGCCAGCUCAUAUAAAAAUAAAAUUAGAAAAUUUCAAACCAAGCUAAAACUUCUAACUUUCUAAACAAAACGACGGGAGCAUCUACUUUGGCAUGAUGGAGGACAGCCUAAAACACGGAAUCGGUAUUUAACUAUGGCCCAAAAUUGGAAAUUUAUUAAAAGGGUAUAAAUGAAUAUUUAAGUUUUCUUAGGACUUGGUAAAAUGAUUUACUGGAAGGUGUGUGUACAAUGUAUUAUUCUAAUGGAGACAUGUAAUUAUAAUAAAAUUAUAGUAGUUUUGAAGCUCAAUUCUCGCAAGGCAAGACUGUAGGAUUUGGUAUGUUUAAAUCGGAAAAAAAAGUUGUAAAAGGUAUAAAUACUUGUAAAUUAUUUUAGGGAUCUGGAUAAACAAUUAGCUCUAGGGUGAAGGACAAGAGAUAAAGAGUGAUGGUACUACUUAUCAAGGAUAGUUUUGGGACGGGAGGAAGCAAGGGAGAGGCAUACAAAUGUUUAGCGACGGCUGCAAGUAGAAUUCUUUAAUAAAUCUUUAGAUAUAUAGGAUUCUUUCAAAAUAAUAAAUUUGAAGGAGAUGGACUAUUUACAUGGAGUGACGGUAGUUAUUACUAAGGCCAAUUUCACCGAGGAUUAAUUAGAGGAUUUGGGAAUUACAGUAAUAAUAAUGGUCUUCAAUUAAUGGGGCAGGUAUUAUAUUUUAAUUGAGUUUAUUAGUUUUAAGAAAUUAAAAAAUCAGAAUUGCCAGAAUAGAAUCUCAAUAAAAAUAUACAAACAAUAUCAUUUUUGAACUAAUAUAACUAAACAUUGCUGAUCGAAAAGAUACGCAUUCUCUGA